CUGGCAUCCAAAUCCAAGUCUGGGGCAGAGGCUCCACUUGGGGCCGUCCAAGCGGCGAUAAGGGAGGAUACGGAUAAGACGAUGCCCCACCUGACCGAUCUACUGCUAACUAUACGUUUGUAGCUGUCCACUUCCUGCCUAAACAUAUGGGAACGCCUUCGCCUUAUCGCUCCACUCGUACAACCUGGAAACCUUCCCGGAGUGAACCCGUUGCCAAACAAGGGAAAGGAACUGUCUCCGAUCGCCUUUCCUCACCAGUGGUUCCGUGCCUGCUGGUCCAAGGAUCCCCAUAGGGCCGGGCCCCAAACUUCUUAGAAGCCUUGACCUCAACCUGACUCUGAUUCAUCAUCAUCUACCCCUCUUCCCUCUCACCUUCCGCUCCCACCUUUCUACCUCCCACCUUCCCUCUAUCUUCAUCCAUAUCACGCCACAUCUUUGGCCCUUUUCUUAUUUUCCAGCCCCGGCAGCUCGUUGGCCUUCUUUGUUCUUCUAGACCGGGGAUAUCCGAUAACCUACAGCAUCUCUGCUAGCUUUCGGCCCUUGGCUUUCUCCUCUUCUCCGAUAUCAUAUGAACCUGGAACUACCGGCAACCACGAUUUGCCUCAGUCACCAUGUCUGAGCCUCAAGCGUCGGUCGUUCUUCACCCUAUCAGCCCGUUAGGCCCCGAGUCCUCAAUCACCCGCAGCUUCACCCUCUCCAAUAGUAACCCUAUCUUCGAGAUCGGCCGGUCUUCGAAACGCGAAGUCAAGAAUCGCACCCCAGCCAAGGAUAAUGGAUGGUUCGACUCUCGGGUGAUGUCUCGCGAUCAUGCUGAGUUGGGCUUCAACAUGGAUAAUGAGAAGAUGAUUUAUAUUCGCGAUUUCGGAUCCACCCAUGGAACAUGGCUGAACAAUAUUAAGCUUGUGACCGACGAAGCCACCCCAUUACUUAAUGGAGACAUUUUGCGAUUCGGUAUUGAUGUUGACCGCGGUGAUGAGGAGUUCCCGGCUUUGAGUGUCCGCUGCGGGGUUUCGUGGUCCCAGCCCAUCUCUGAUCUUGAGAUUUCCCCGUGCGAUCCAUCGGACAUGCUAUACAACCAGACCGCUGACCCAGCACCGACUGCGCCCGAGUCCAAGCAAGCCUCCGAGCUUCGUCCAAGCUCGACCACUAACACAUUCUGUGUUCCAGAUGAUGAUGAGAGCGACGCAGGGGAGAUCAAGGUCAACCAGAUCUCUCCCUUCAAGAUCGGCGAUGGUGAUAUUACGGUCAUCUACGAUGAAAGUAAACAGGAUAGUCACCCGACCUCACACAGACACGAAUUAUCUUUGAACUCCGGACUCCAUGGUUCUGAAUGUGAUCAGGCAUUCCCCAUGGAGAGCUCCCAUGAAGAUUAUUCGGAAUCAAGCAAUGGAGAGGAUUCGGAGUUCGACUCUGACCCGUCUUCCUUCAGCCAGGUCAGCGAUUCUGAGGAGGAAGGGGAACCUUUUAAUUACCUUGACUUCCGUUAUCCAAUCAGUGACGACGAAAUCUCAGGCUCGGUGGAUGGCUCUGAUGUUAAUUCUCAGGCCGCCGAUUUUGAGGACGAUUACUCUGUGGGCCAGGAUGAGGAUGAGGAAGACUGUAUCGACCCAAGCAUGCUGACUCACGAGGACAACGUGCCACUGCCGUCUGUCGACGGAGCUGUGCACAGCUUCACUGGAGCUAUGCACAACUUCACCACCAGUGGCGUAAUCCCUAAACCACUCUUCAAGGCUGAGGUUCAAGAGCAAGGCCCCGGCUCCGUGCAGAACCAGCACAUUUUCUUCUCCAGCCCAUUCCCACUGACUCCCAUCACCCCCGUGCUAGAUCACAAACGUGAGGAAGACGAUGGAUCCCAACGUCUUGGUCGGUUGAGCAUCCGCGAUAUGCUUAACAAUUACCAGGAUGGACCCUUUGCUGGCCCCAGUGACUCGGCAUCAAAGGACUCCUCUCUGGAAGAGGACGUAGUGGCCGAGUCUUCUAGCCCGGCACCACUCAAGCGAAAGGCUUCCGAGAUGGAGUCUCAGGAUGCUCAGAUUAUCGAAUCGAUUAUGCCACCCUCUGAGAAGCUAGAUCUAGAGACAAUCUCCCAGUCUCAGGUGGCCGAGGCGAUCAGCUCUGCGCUUUCGGAGAGCCCUGAAAGUGAGCCUCCGAAGAAACGAGUCAAAGCGACUCACGAUACAUCCAACAACAUUGCGAGCUACACAGCCACCGCCGUGAUCAGUGCAUUGCUCGGUGGUCUGGGUACCAUUGCUAUCCUGGCUGCGCUCCCUGCAGAAUAUUUCCAGUGAUUGCAGACCACAUAUACAACACAUGGUCGGGAGUUUACUGGUCUCACACUCUUUUUCUUUUUCCUUUUCUUUUUCUGUUCAGGCAGUACUCUUGGUGGGCUCCAAGCACGAUGCAUGUCGGCUAUGAGUCACGGGAGGAUUGGAGUUGCAGAGGCUAGGAGUUUGUGCGUUGGGGCCGGUGGCUACUCUGGUUUCUUUCCUUUUACACUGCUAUUUUUUGGGUUUUUAUUGCUUCAACUGUCCACUAACAUGGUUCUGAGCUUCGUGGUCACGACCUUGUUUCCGGGCUUUUACUCGGCAUCGCUUAUGAUAUCUACCCCCCCGUUAUUGGUUAUCCUGCAGGUGCUAAUGACUCGCAAGAAUGAAUGAAUCUCCUACCCUGAAAUUCUCUCUCCUGUUUUCCAUGCAGAGUUCGUACCAUCUUGUAAAAUCGGCCAUGCCAUCCCUCAUCCUCGGGUGAAGCCCCUCAUUCUCAGCCAUGCUCAGUGCUGUCAUUGCUGUCAGGUACGAUCCUUUGCCCGCCGGACACUUUUGGAAGUAUGAGGAGCACCGUGAUGUCAUGGGGUCGG